AUGACAGUGACAUCAACUCAAGCAACAUCAACUGCACGACUUGAUGUGUACGGGGAUUCGGGUAUCUUCCUGAGCCCCGGGUACCCGAACUCUUACAGCUUGAACUUGAACCUGACUUACACGGCGCACCUGGACAGCUCGGGCCCGCUGGUGGUUGGUCUGUCCAUGGUCAUCGACCUGGAAAAGAUCGGAGAUAGUUGCUAUGACUACGUCAUGAUUGGUUCCACUGUCCACUGCGGAAAUAAAACUGAACUCACAGUAGUUGAAGUUUCGGGAAAUCUGUUCACAAUGCUGUUUAUUACUGACGGCUCGUUUAACUUCCGCGGAUUUAAUAUUACAUAUGCUGUGGUACGAGAAACAAGAGAAACACAAGCAAGUACAAGUACGGCGACAGAUGAAAGUGUAGCCUCGAGCACAGACAGCCUGACAGAUUCCUUUGAUAGCUCAACCAUUUCCUCCAUCACAGACCCCAGAACAGAUAGCAUGGCGACAGAGCAAAAUGUCGGUUCGAGUACAGACGACAAGGAAACUGUCUUGGAUAGUUCAAGUAUGGCGACAGUUGAAACUGUCGGCUCGAGUACAGACAUCAUGACUUCCUCUGAUAGUUCAAGCACUUCCUCCACGACAGCCAGAACCGAAAAUCGAGCAUCCGAUGUGUCCGUGAAAACCAGCCAUGUAGAGGUUAACAAGACAAGGUCGGGCGACAUUUCGCUGCUAGUGUCAGAGGUCACGCCAGUCACCACCGACAGUGACGGAAACAGUAUCCAAGACAUCACGACACCUGUGAUUUACUAUCCAGAGGAACAGGAUAAACAAUCUAGUGACAUCAGUGUCAUCAGUGACCUCAGCGAUCAGGGAUUUACUUCUCUCUCAAAAGAAAAUACGGAUCAACAGGAGUCCCAAGCAACGUUGGCGACCUUUGACACUCUAUCAACACGUGCAGGCGACGGUCAAAAUGAAUUUGUAACACCCGGAGUCAUUUCAACAGAUGUAGUACCACCACCACAAACAUCAGAGCGAAUCCCUCCACCUGCCAAUUAUCUUUCAAGUGACAAGGAUAACCAGUCGAGUGAUUUGAGUGGGACAGCCAUCGUCACACACGCAACUUCUGGAAUGUUCCUAGCGACCUCUCAUUACAGCGACACCACGACCGCAAGUCCAUCAGAGGACGAACCGCUGUCCAGACCAACCGUCACCUACGACAGCCGUUCACCACCGACUCCUCCUCCACCAUCAAAACCACUUCCAGUGCUCGCCCCUUGCAGAUGUCAGCCUCAGCAGUCAGGUGACAAUGAGACAGCGGACGUGACGUCACAGCGAGCAGAAGAGCAGGCGUCGCAGUUGGCCAGAGCCUUGGCCGUUGACAAGGGCAACGUGUCCAGCCAGAAACGCCGCAAGACUACUCAAUCUUUUAAUGAUGAGGAUGAUGAUGAUGAGGAGGAUGACGACGAUGAAUAUGAUGAUGUAAUUGCUACAGAUGUGGAGUAA